CUAAAGAAGAUAUUGUCUAGCAGAAACUCAGAUCAUCCAAUAUAAAUUUUACUGUUGCCUCUCACUCCAAAGAGUUACAAGAAACCAGAGAGAUGGCAACCAGGAGAAUCAACUGUAGGUGGUGUGGGAUGCCAUCUCUGGUGCAACUUGAGGCACAAACUCUACGUUGUCCGGCCUGUAAUCGUGUCACAAAAUUCCAGAGCAACGGUAACGGCUACAGGCCACCUGGAGCAAAUGGUAAUAUCAAUUUCAUAUCUAACAACCAGCAUGUGACUAACCCUAGUUAUGCAGUUUAUGUUAGACCUCAACAACCAGUGAACGUGGGCAGAGUUUAUCCAGGACAACUACAAGUACGUGCUCCUCCUACACAAUUACGUGUUCCUCCUGCACACGGACGUAAACGAGCUGUUCUAUGUGGCAUUACCUACAAGGGACACAAACAGAGUCUUGAUGGCAGCAUCAAUGAUGUGUUAUUCAUGAAAAAACUUCUGGUUGAGAGGUUUGGGUUUCCAAACUCCUCCAUCCUUGUGCUAACAGAAGAAGAGGACUUCUCCCGUAUUCCAACAAAGAAGAACAUCCGAGCUGCCCUGCAAUGGCUCGUCCGAGGUUGCCAGGCUGGGGAUUCCUUGGUGUUUCACUACUCUGGUCAUGGAUCACAAGUGGUAGACCGUGAUGGGGACGAGCUUGAUGGAUAUGAUGAGUGCUUAUUACCUGUUGACUAUGAAACUGAGGGAAGGAUACUGGAUGAUGAACUUAACGCCACCAUUGUUAGGCCCCUACCGACCGGAGCAACACUUCAUUCUGUUAUUGACACUUGCUUCAGUGGAACCUUUCUAGACCUUCCAAAUGUUUGCAGAAUGAACAGGGAAGGAUAUUACAAAUGGGAGGAUCACCGUGUUCCACAUGCUGCUGCAUACAAAGGUACCAGUGGGGGAAUUGCAAUCGGUAUUAGCGCCUGCGAUGAUCAUCAAAACUCUGGAGAUACCACGGCUUUUACAGGUGUUCCAACAGGUGCCCUAACUUACAGCUUUGUCAAAACUUUGGAACAAGAACCAAGAUUAACUUACGGACGUCUACUCAUUUUCCUGCACAAUAGAAUAAAUGCAGCACGAGACCAAGUAGGCUUGAGCAGAGAUGCACCCCACUUAUCACAGGAACCUCAACUGUCCUCUUCUCACAAGUUCGAGAUUCACUCAAAGCCUUUCACAUUGUAAAGUGUAUAGGCUGUCGUUUCCAGGCCUGUUAGCUGCUUUGAAUAAAGAAGCAUGUUUACUGCUUGCUUUCAGUGUGUUAAGUUUCAUGGAUAGUAUGCUAUAAUUUAACUUGGCAUAGGCCUGUGAUAUAUGUCUGCAACUCCGUUUGCUUUAUAUGCAUGAUGCACACAGAUCAUUAUCAUGA